CAAGUCGUGUGAGGAGAAGCUCCGACACUCACUGGACGUUUUCUUCGUGUAGAUGAUUUAUCUCAGUUUCACGUGUUGAGGCUCCAGCUCCUCGGCCUCACCUCCAUCUUCAGGGCGUCUUCACGAAUCUGCUGCAGCGGCUCAUUCGUGACUUUUUGCCUUGUGCAUAUUUAAUUUUCUUCAUUUCCUCUGUUUCGUGAUGAGACUGUGAAUCUGCGUUAACCACAGGUCUGAGUCUCACACAGGAAACUGAAGCAGCUGCUUCACCUGAAACAAGAACAUCAGUCCUGUUCCAGAGACACGUCUCCUGAUGGCAGCCAACAACACGCCUCGGGGCUGCGGCCCUGACGUGGACUCGCUCUACCACAACCUGUGUGACCUCGGGGCCGUGUGGGGGGUGGUGCUGGAGGCCUUGGCGGCGGCCGGCGUCGUCUUCUCCUUCGUGCUCUUCAUCUCGCUGCUGGCCAGCUUGCCCUUCAUGAAGGACAAGGGCCGCAAGAGCUCGGUGGCUCUGCACGCCGGCUUCCUGGUCUUCACCGGCGGGCUCUUCUGCCUCACCUUCGCCUUCAUCGUGGGGAAGGACUUCUCCACCUGCGCCUCCCGGAGGUUCCUGUUCGGCGUGCUGUUCGGCGGCUGCUUCUCGUGCCUCCUGAUGCAGAGCGUGAGGCUGAACCUCCUCGCCCGGCGGGACAGAGGGCCCCCGGCCUGGGCUCUGUGUCUGGGGGCGAUGGGGCUGUGGCUGGUGGAGGUGGUCAUCAACACGGAGUGGCUGAUCCUCACGGUGGUGCGCCACCCGCUGCUGCCGCUCAACCUCACGGCCGAGAGCAGCAGAGCCACAGCCACGCCCUGCAACAUCGCCCACCAGGACUUUGUCAUGGCGCUGAUCUACGUGAUGACCCUGAUCCUGGCGGUGGUGGUGGCCAGUCUGGCCGUCAUGGCGGGCAAACACAACCGGUGGAAGAGGGAAGGCGCCUGCGUCCUCCUGAGCGGCCUGUUCUCCGUGGGCAUCUGGGUGGCGUGGAUCGUUAUGUACGUCUACGGCAACGAGCGGCACGGGGGGCCCACGUGGGACGACCCCACCUUGGCCAUCGCCUUGGUGGCCAACGCCUGGGUGUUCCUCAUCAUCUACACCAUCCCAGAAAUCUGCUGUUCCACCAGCGAGGACGAGCCUGAGCCGAGCCCCGGAGACGAGCCGUACCCGAGCCAGGGAGUCGGCUACGAGAACAUCCUGAAGGAGCAGGGCGCCCAGAGCAUGUUCAUGGAGAACAAGGCCUUCUCCAUGGACGAGCCCACCCCAGGCAUCAAACCUGUGUCGCCGUACAGCGGGUACAGCGGGCAGCUGCGUAGCUCCGUGUACCAGCCCACUGAGCUGGCUCUCAUGUCCAAAGCGAUAGGAAACCCUCGUCCAAUCCCGUCCCAGGACCUGGUCAUCCCCCGAGCCUCCACCGCCUCCGCCGCCGACAGCGGGAGCAGCUCCGCCUCCUCGCUCGCCAGGAGCGGGAACGCUGCGUCGGCUCAGACCAAUGGAAAUAGUGGGAACGGUCUGCACAGGACGUCCCAGUGGUGAACAUGUCUGGACCCCCCCCCCCCCCCCCCCCGGUAGAUGAACUUCACUUCACGUCUUUACACCUGCUGACUGUGCGCUUGCUGUUGUCCGUGGUUCGCUGAGCGGGUUCUAAGAGGAACCCUCAGCCCGACAUGUGGAGGUGAUCCCAGGAUGAGCGGCUGAUGGAAAACAGAUAAACCUUCUAUUGACUGGUUCCCUCCGAGUUCAACACACAACAAAGACUUUCACAAAGGUCGUGAUUCAGCGUGAGCCGCUGCCACAGACGAGGGCCACGCUGCUGACCACGCAGAACCCCGGGGAGAAUAGUUUAGCUUCAUGUGGGGGGGGGGGGGGGGGGGGGGCAGGCAAGUAAACACAAGUGCAAAACCUCUUUCCUGCACACACACACACACACACAUACACACACUAUUGUUGAUAAACAAAAGGUUCAUGUGUAAAAUUCCGCCGCUGCUUUAGAAUUCAUGUAAAUAGAUUUGAUUGUGCAUGUAAGAAUUGUAUGAAUAUUUAUAUUUAAUGAUAUUUAUAGCACUACGGGUGCUAUUUAAUUAUUUUCUAUAAUUUUUAAUGAUAACCCAGACAACAGAAAGCUGACAUCCCAACAUCUAUCGAUACUUGGUCGUAAAAGUCUCCAGAGAUUUAAACUCAAACUCAAAUUAAUUCUGUGUGGGAGUUGAGUCAUAACUUAAUGUACUGAGAUGAUUUGUUUUUAAAUGAAACAGCAAAUAAAAGUUGUGAUGUUA